CGAGGCAUUUCGGUCGGGAGCUCAUCCUUCAGCAGCCCUACACGCGCCAAAGCCUCGUCCUCCCAAUUCCAAUACCGGAGCCCCAAACACGGACUUCGGCGUUAUCGAGCGCUGUAAUGGUGAAUAUGCACACAGCGGAUGCUAACCGUGGUGCGUACGGACCCGGUUCUCCAGAGCCUUUAUCGCACGACUUUGCGCAGACCACACAACGACCCAACUGCGCGGCCACCUGGAUGAGCAACCCUACUAGCUAUGCCUCAGUCACCGACGGAAAGUGCCUCACGUCCUCACUGGAUCCCGAUAUUCGGCGCGACUCGCUCUUCAGAUCAUCACGGUUCGGCUACAGAGGCCAUGACGACGGCUUUCGAUCUUACGCACACCUGCCGUCGGAAUCGAUAUCUGGUGCUCAAUUUGGGUGCGACAUGACGCCCUUGUAUUCAAAUACGCAGACAUGGCCCCAGCUGGGCUAUAAUAAGGUAAAUGUUAGCCUCCCAUUAAGACCGGUCAAUUGUACGUCAGGCGACUGGAGUGUACUGAGGGCUGAGCCUUAUCGAAAGUCAGACGAGGACGCUACAACAUCCUCAAGUACAACUUUCGAUUCUAUCGAAUCGUCUGCUGAAGGGAGUUAUAACCCGGAGCGACCUUAUACGUCUUCUCUGGGUGUCCCAACCGACUGGGAUGGAAACUACCCCGCUGAGCUGAGCAUAAUUUCAGAUGCUGGCGACCAGCAGCAGCUGCGUCAAAAGCGAGCCUUUGCUCCCGGUCCGGAUGUAGUUCAUGAAGAACCUAGGAGGGAGGAGCGGCUAGAUUUGUGCCUGCCGUAUACUUUUCGGCAUCAGUUCCAGACUGGCAUCUUCGACGCUCUGGUGCAGACACGUUGCACGGAAGCCUACAUACCCGAUUUUGGAUUCCUUCCCAAGGCUCAGCUUUGUCGCCUUGUGAACCCAGAUUCUGUGGCCCGAGAACUGAUGAAAGAUCUAUCGCACAUCCAUACUCCGGAGAAGAUAAGGAACUAUGCAGAAGCCGUGUGCAGAGAAACGGAGGUAAUGCACGGGGGCAAGCAAAAGAUCAAAUCCUUCCGAAAAAUCUUCGCUUUGCUUGUCCUGGCCGAGACAUCAUCGUCGAUUCCCUUAUUCCUGGACGAGGAUGUGAGCGACCUCGACCUACCUCUGGCCUCGCUGCAAGUUCGCGGGACAAUUGAGCUCCGCCGUAAAGACGAAUCAGGAAAACCGUCUCAAGUUCCCCUGCAGUCCUUCAGGCAUGGCAUGUGGUCGCCCAACAAGCUUUGGAAUUUCAAUAAGUAUCAGUGGAUAAUGUUGGCACCAUUCUUCUCCCAGGACAAGUCCGGCGAUGUCAAACAUUAUCUCCUCCGAGAUCAGCAUAUCCUGCCAUUUGUCGCCUCGCAACAAGCAGACGAUGACAACGCUGAAUACCACGGCGGAUUUGGAAAAGUAUUCAUGGUGCGAAUCCAUGAAGAACACCAUAAUUUCGGUGACAGGAAGCUAUGCGACCGCGGCUUUGCCAUUAAGCAGCUGUACGAGAGCGAUCGAGAGUCCUUCAAGAAGGAGGUCAACAUUCUAAAGAAAUUCAGCGGAGAGAGAAGCCACAGACACAUUGUCUCGCUUUUGGCAACAUAUGAGCAGUUCAACAAGUUUCACAUGAUCUUCUACCGCGCAGAAGGAGAUCUCUUUAGGUACUGGAAAGAGAUCGAGGCCCGCCCACAAUUCAACUACGGAAACGUGCUCUGGGUGGCUGAGCAGGGUGCAGGUAUUGCCGACGGCCUGUUGCGGCUUCAUAAGCACCGGACCUUCACUCUUUGCCGCCCUAACACCGAAGAAGAAUUGGCGCGAAAGCCAAGUGGCGAAAGACGUGUCAAGAUCAUCGAUCCCAACUGGCACCGACAGCGAACAGAUUCGGUACAAUCCAGUGGCGCCAGAGAGCAGCCCGUUAGCCCAACUUGGAUGCCCGAACGACCACAUCCAGCAGGGGAGCAGUGUCCAAGACCUUCAUGCCGACGACAUAGCAGCGAAUUUCCAAUUGAACAGUACGGUCGCCACGGUGAUAUCAACCCAGGAAACAUACUCUGGUACGACGACAGCGACGGCGAUAAAAAAGUGCUUAAGGGAACUCUCAAGCUAUCCGACUUUGGGCAAGCAGAGCUCAACUCCUUACGAAGCAGAACGAGGCGAAAGAGUGUCGCCAACACGCUGACUUAUCGACCUCCGGAAUGCGAUCUUCAACCCAAGGCCAUUCGCCAAUCAUACGACAUUUGGUGUCUAGGCUGUGUCUAUCUGGAGUUCGUAGCCUGGGUGUUCGGAGGCGAGGAGCUUCUGACGGUGUUCGGAUUGCGAAGGAUGACCCGAGACAUCUUCUCACAUAACCAGAAAACUGAUACCUUCUUUGAGGUAGUAAGGAAUCAGGACACGAAUCAUCCUGGAGUUAAGAUCAAACCAGCAGUCACUCAGUUUAUCAACGAGCUACAUCAGCACGAGAACUGUACCGAAUACUUCCACGAGAUCUUGGACAUGAUUCAACACAACAUGCUUGUGGUGGAGCCCAACCACCGCAAGUCUUGUGAGGAAGUCCGAAAGGCACUGAAUGUCAUGUACCAGAAGUGUCUCAAAGGCAAAGACUACGCGGCGAACAAAAACCCGUGGUGUCCUUUCAGGCUUACGGCGGAGCCUCCGACACCUCCGGUAGAGGUUGAAAUGACAGGAGACGCGGAGCAAGUGAUUGACGAGAAUUUGCCGAAAUUUCAGCUCCAUCGGGCUCGGCCCGCGAGAAAGUUCACGGCCCGCAACGAGUAGCGCACCACUCAUCUACUUCUAUAAUACUAGCAAAGGCUUAACUACAUCAAUUUGGGCGUCUUGAGCUUGUUGGCCCUACAAGAAAGAUCAUGAGGGCUAUCUAUUUGCAAGUAUUUUCCGUUUACCGCAUUCGUCUAGAAGCUGUCAAGCACUGGAAGGUUCUCUGGCCUGUCGACGGCUCGGCCCAACACGCCACCCAAUACACAGGGCGGCUAAUGGCCAAGAGCUGAAACGUCGCCCAAAAGGACCCGAGGCGGGCGAUCGCCAAUCUCCAGGUUCGGCGCUUCUAGAACAGGCGGGGUCCUAUGUAGAUAUGCAUCUGUCCUGCACGUUGCCGAAUAUUG